AUGGUUCCUCCCCGUGAAAGACACAAUCACCCUCCAUUGGUGCAGCAACCAGUUUCUGAUCCAGUCCAUCCAGGAGACUCUGUGAUUCUACAGUGUACAGUACUCUCUGAGACCUGUACAGGAGAACACAGUGUGUACUGGUUCAGAGCCGGAUCAGGAGAAUCCCAUCCAGGAGUUAUUUACACCCCUGGGAACAGGAGUGACGACUGUGAGAAGAGCCCUGAGAGUCCCUCUCCUACACAGACCUGUGUCUACAGCCUCUCCAAGAACAACCUCAGUCUCUCUGAUGCUGGCACUUACUACUGUGCUGUGGCCACAUGUGGGGAGAUCCUAUUUGGCAAUGGAACAAACCUAAAUAUUGAAAGAUCCCUGGAACAUGUAAUCAUUGGACUGGGAGUGACAUCAGUUUUCUGUGUGAUUGUGAUCAUUAUACUCGUUUUCAGCAGAAAUAAAAUGACAAUUCGUGAACAUUACAAAGCAGUGAGUGUUGCUCAGCAUAUUGGACAUGACAACUCAACCACCGAAUGUGAUCAGGAACAAGACCCAGAGACUCUGAAUUAUGCUGCAUUGCAUUUCUCUGAGAGGAAAACUAAAAGAGGAACAAAGAAGAGAGAGACACAACAGGAGAGUGUGUACUCUGAUGUCAGGUACUCAGAUUGA